AAAUAUGCGCAGUGCUUUGAAUCUAACACACCUGUUGUCUCCUCAGAUCUGUCCUCGUACCCUCAUUACCUGCGGGAUCUCUUACACACUCAGGUGUGUCAGGCUCACCUGCGGGGUCGAGGUCUGUGUGAGGCCGAGAGCGGGGUGGGAGCUGACCUUUCACCUCCCGUGGGGUCACCGGGGUCACCGUCAGACACGCUCUGCUCCAGCACGUACAGCUUGGACGAGAGACACCCGUUGCUUCGGGACCUCGGGCGUCACGGUGACUCGCCCGCCGCAGAACUCACCGCCAAGAUCCUCAGCGUUCUUCAGGGAGGGGAGGAGCUACUGUUGGCCCGCCUACACAGGGCGGGGCAUCGAUUAGGCCACUCCCCCUGUUGCUUGGAAUCAUAUUCCGAGACAUUCGAAGACACGCCUUGUAAGGACUGUGGAGGCGGAGUCUGUCUUCCGCCGGAGUAUUCCGUUCGUAGAAAACCGUCAGACGUGGUUUCGUCUGGCAUCGUGUCUCUCGACGAGGAAGACGUGGAGGAAGAAGAGCGAGAGGAACAGUGACGUCUCUCAGUCCGACGUGACGUGCAUGUUUAUAUUCGGACUCCGCCCAAUAAUUAGCAUUUUGCUCCGGGCGUCACUUGCUCUCGUUGUUUGAACUCGUGUUUCUUCGUUAUCCACUUUGAACGCGAGACUGAAUCUUUGAUUCUCAGGCUCACGGGAAAAAAAUGCAUCUUGACGAACUGAAAA